AUGGCCAUCCCGUCAUUGCCAAGAGGACGGACUGUUGCCAAUGUCGGCCGUGACAUUGGCAGAAUGAUUCGCAUGGCCACGGCCAUCGGCAAGGCUGGAGCUCUUGUUCUUUUCAUCGCUCGUCGACCCGGGCCGCUGCAGGCCACUGCCAGGCACCUCUCAGCCCUCGCCAUGGACCUCAGAGAAACGCUCGGUGCUCUCACCAGGUCUCAGGCUGAGGCAUGCGGUAGUGCCUAG